AUGGCGGAUACUUCCACACCAAAUGCCAACGGCACCGCCGACUCAAACACAGACCCCAUUGAAACACCCUUCCUCAUCAUUGGUGCUGGUCCCGCCGGUGCUUCGUUAGCAUGCUUCCUCGCGUCCUACGGAUUGAAAGGGAUCGUAGUAGCGGCAGCUCCCGGCACAGCAAAGGAACCUCGUGCCCAUAUCACGAACCCCGCCGCAUUGGAAUGUUUGAGAGAUAUCGGGCUGGAGGAAGAAGCGGUGAGGAAUGGAACAAGCGGGGAGUGCAUGGUUCAUACACGGUGGUGUCAUGAUAUGGCUGGUGAGGAGUUUGGGAGGGUGUAUAGUUGGGGGAGUCAGCCUGGUAUGUCUCAUGUCCCACUCACAUACCGCAAAGGAGACUACGAAGCCGCCAGUCCAUGUCGCCACAUCGACCUCCCCCAAACCCUCCUCGAACCCAUCCUAGUCCAACAUGCCCUGAACAACUCCUGGCACAUCCGCUUCGACUCCUCCUUCCUCCACUACUCCCAACCCGACCCCACUGGCCCCAUCACCUCCACCAUAAAAGACAACCUUACCGGCCACACCUACACCAUCCGCUCCAAAUACCUCUUCGGCGCCGACGGCGCUAGGUCCCAAGUAAUGCGCCAGCUCAACCUCCCCCUCAUUAAAUCGCCCGGUCAAGGUCUUGCUCUCAACAUUCUAGUCGAAGCAGAUUUGUCGAAACACAUGCCCCACCGAAUGGGCAACUUGCACUGGAUCCUGACGCCAGGACUGGUCCACCCGGCCUGGGGUUGGAGUUGUAUUCUGAGAAUGGUGAAGCCGUGGCAUGAGUGGAUGUUCAUCAUGUUUCCGGAGCCGGGCUUUGAUGAUUUCAGCAUCAGGCUAGAGGAAGGGGAAGUUCUCAAACGGGUUCGUGAGAUGAUCGGUGAUGACUCCAUUCCCGUGACGAUUAAGGGUAUGAGUAAAUGGUACAUCAACGAGAUCGUGGCAGAGCGGUACUCGGAUGAUACUGGAAGGAUCCACUUAUUGGGUGAUGCAGUCCACCGACACCCGCCGCUCAAUGGCUUAGGAUCAAACACCUGCGUCCAAGAUGCCUGGAAUCUAGCCUGGAAAAUCGCCUACGUCGAGAAAGGCCUCGCAGACCCCAAGCUCUUGAAAUCCUUCAGUACAGAACGCCAACCCAUCGGCGCCGGCGUGAUCCAACGCGCCAACCAAGGUCUCCGGGACCACGUCCCCGUCUGGGAAGCUCUCGGAGCCUUACCAAAAGACGUCGAGGAAAGGAAGCGCCAGCACGCCGAACUCAGCGCCGCGACCGAAGCUGGGCGAGCACGGAGGAACAGGUUACGCGAAGCCAUCGCGUACACGGCGCACGAGUUUGGCGGGAUAGGUGUGGAGAUGAACCAACGGUACGAGUCCUCUGCGGUAUUUCUCGAGGAUGAGAAAGAAGCCCGCCGCCCACAACCACUGGAUGCAGUGCUUGAGUACCAGAUUUCCACAUACCCGGGUUCGCGCGUGCCGCAUGCGUGGCUCAGUAAGCGGUCUCCCAUUGAUGCACCGAUCAGUACAAUUGACCUCGCCGGCCACGGUGCAUUCUGCGUCUUGACGGGCGUUGGCGGGGACGCAUGGAAGAAUGCGGCGCUUGAGGCAGGGAGGCAGUUGGAAGGGGUGGUGGUUAAUGCGUAUAGUAUCGGGUGGCAUCAGGAUUACGAGGAUGUUUACGGGGACUGGGAGAGGAGAAGGGAGGUUGAGGAGGAUGGAUGUGUGCUACUGAGGCCUGACCGCACGGUGUGUUGGAGGAGUGGGGCAAUGAGGGAGGGUGCUGGGGCAGUUCUGGUGAGUGUGUUGAAGGCGGUGCUUGGGAGGGGGGAGGAAAAGUAG